GCAUCAUCAAAAAUCUCCAUCAACCGCAUCACAACACCAGAAUUUUCCAUCACCGUUCACAUAUCACGUAUCUACUCAACAUGGAUCUUCAAGGACAGCCCAUUCCCCCUGGCCAGCGCGGCACUAAGGUCACCUCCGAUCCCGAGCGCUACGAGCAGCCCAUCAACGAGCCCUCUGGUCCCGUCACCAACGACUCCCUCGCCGCCGAGUCGGCCAAGCAGGGAGGUGCCUACUCUCAGAACCGGGGCGCCCAGCCCAUGGGUGUCGACGGCAAGCAGUCCACCGUUACGAACACCAACACCUCCAGCGCCCGCAAGAUCGACCCCAACCACAGCGAGUCGCAAGGCAAGUACCCCGAGGCUCUAGGCGGCCAGGGCAACUUCCCCGGCACUCAUCUCCCGGAGAGUGGCUACGCUGGUGGCUCGACUGCGGCCAAGCAGGAAAUGGGAAUCAACAAGGGCGAGUACCCUGCCUCCCAGAAGCUUGAGCAGCAGCCGCAGCAGCAGCAGAAGCAGCAGAACACCGACAAGGUCCACCCCCACCAGCACCAGCCCAAGCACAACGUCGGCUACAAGCAGCAGAAGACUGCUGCCCCAGCCAGCGGUAGCGGCUACCAGGGAGUUGCCGGCGUUGCUCCCUCUUACGUCCACGAUGUCCUCGACCACCUUGGAAACACCAAGCCCAAGGGCAACAACCUCAAGGAGGGUGGCAUCCCGGAUGAUGCUCCCAACGCCAGCUAUACCACUGACAUUGGCAGCGAGAAUGACCCUGGCCGCCUGGCCCAGGGUGGCUUCCAGUUGAGGUCUGCUGAGAGCGGCCCUGCUGGUACCCCUGCCGGCCGCCAGAAAGGUGUUGACAACCAGCAGCCCUUCCAGGCUCUGCAGUCCGACCAGCGUGCUUAGGUCGUCGCAUACGAUACAUGAUUUUAUGAAAAGCAAAGCGGAAAUUUCUUUUUUCUUUUUAGCUUAUGAUUCUUGUUACUCAGGAAGCCUUCCACCAGGAGGAUCGGUUAAUAUGAUGCAAAGAAGGACUGGGUCCUUCGC